GGCGGUCCUCUUUGGAGUCAUUUCGGCGGAGGGACAAACCUUUGUGGAAUCUAGAACGUCGAGUAAUGAAUGGGGAGACGGCAGGGGGUUCGGAGGGGCCGAAAUGGGACCUCCCCCGCACGUCCGUAGUCCAGUUACGCAAUGUUUACUGCCAUGGCCAGAAGGGCUUUAAAACUCGCAUCGUUGGCCACUGCAGCAGCCGCCACCACUGGGUUUUACCUGUAUGGCAACAAGCACCUGGAUCCCAACGAUUUUGGAAUUGUUCGAGUAGGCAGAGCAUUUGCCACAACAGCAGUUAUUACCUUUGACUACCUCACUUCUCUCCGGAGUGUUUCACGCGGGACAGAAGAAUAUGAGUCUGUCAAAUCACAGGUGCAUCUGCGCUCUGCAGAACGUCUCCGAGACCUGUGCUGUGCCAACCGGGGCACCUUCAUCAAAGUGGGGCAGCACCUGGGGGCUCUCGACUAUCUCUUGCCUGAGGAAUACACUCGCACACUCAAAGUGCUGCACAGCCAAGCCCCUCAGAGCAGCAGGCAGGAGAUCGAGCAAGUGAUCUUGGAGGACCUGGGCAAAGGGAUUAAUGAGUUGUUUAUAAGUUUUGAAGAUGCUCCAUUGGGGGCGGCAUCCCUGGCCCAAGUCCACAAGGCUGUGCUACAGGAUGGGAGGACCGUUGCAGUGAAAGUCCAGCACCCGAAGGUUCAAACACAGAGUUCAAAGGAUAUUCUGUUGAUGGAGGUCCUUGUCUCGGCCGUGAAGCAGAUCUUCCCAGACUUUGAAUUCAUGUGGUUAGUUGAAGAAUCUAAAAAGAACUUGCCUCUUGAGCUGGACUUCCUGAACGAAGGGAGGAAUGCUGAGAAGGUGGCCCACAUGCUCAGAAACUUUGACUUUCUAAAGAUCCCUAAGAUUUAUUGGGAGCUCUCAACAAAGCGUGUUCUUUUCAUGGAGUUCAUGGAAGGUGGGCAGGUGAAUGACAAGGCCUACAUGGAGAGAAAUUGCAUCAAUGUCAAUGAGAUAUCUUACAACUUGGGGAAGAUGUACAGUGAAAUGAUAUUUGUCAAUGGCUUUGUGCACUGUGACCCACACCCUGGCAACGUGUUGGUGAAGAAGUGCCCAAGUACAGGCAAGACGCACAUUAUACUUCUGGACCAUGGGCUCUAUCAGGUCCUGUCAGAGAACUUCCGCUUGGACUAUUGCCGGCUUUGGCAGGCCUUGAUCAAAUCUGACAUGAAGCGUGUCCAAAAAUACAGUCGGCGGCUGGGAGCGGGCGACCUGUAUCCCCUCUUUGCCUGCAUGCUCACUGCCAGGUCUUGGGAGUCAGUCAACAGGGGCAUCGACCGGCUGCCAGUCACUAAACAAGAGGAUGUGGAAAUCCGGACGAACGCUGCCAUGUACCUACCUCAGAUCACCAAGCUGCUGAACAGUGUCCCCCGUCAGAUGUUGCUGCUGUUGAAGACCAACGAUUUGUUGAGGGGGAUCGAAUCAGCUCUACAGACACGGGCCAGUGCCAGCUCCUUCCUCAACAUGUCUCGCUGCUGCAUUCGAGCUGUCUCCACGCACCAGAGGAGCAAGAGUGACUCACUGUACAGGAAGGCACAGAUAUCCAUCUCUGAGGCCCUGAGCUUGUGGCAGAUCAACUUGUACGAACUUUUCCUGCGGCUGAAGGGGUCCCAGCUGGGGAACUGGGUCAUUGCUUUCCUGAGCUGGAUGCACCAUUCCUCGUAGUGACACGAACUGGUGGCAGAAGCUGGGCCUGAUUAUAUCCUUGCCUUUCUCAGCUGUGGCGUUUUGUUUCUAUUUCUUCUGCUGGAGUUUUCUGGGUCUGUUUUCAUGUAACACACGGUGCUGUCCUUGUUGCCUUUUGCAGGGUCACUUUCUUUCUGAGGCAGAGAAGGCAAAAUCACAAAACAGCAUCUAGAGCUCAAGGGAGCCAGAAAUCUCAUGCUUCCAGAUAUACCGGUAGUUCAGGAUGGUGGCAGCUUAGGAGAAGGUUGCAAAUUUCUCUGUCCACAGAUCUCCAGUUGAAGUCAUAAAGAACUGCACAGGACCAACGAGCUUCUUACAAUACCAUACAGGUUUCUUGAGCAGAUACUGCAGAAUUGUUGCAUUAAUUCCCCUUCAGUUCUGCUGAAAUGUUCCAAAACAAAAUGGAUACCAGGUAGGCAAAGAACUGAAAGCCAGAAUGUCUGAACAGUACUCCCACUUCUGGGAGAUCUUGAACGCAAAGGCCGGGAGUGAAACCAGUGAGAAUUUCUUUUCUUUUUUAAAAACAACAACCACAACCACAGACAUGUCUAUUAGCAUAGCUGCCAAGUACCCCGUUUUCCCCGGGAAACCCCCGUUUUUACUUACCUUUUCCCGGUGGUCUCCCGUAUCACCUCGUCUCCCGUUUUUCUCCGUUAUUUUCUCCUGCCGGCGGCCAUUUUUUCUUUCUGAUUUGCCCUUCUAUGGGCACCAAAAAUGGCUGCCGCUGGCUUCAAAAGUUGCAUCUACACAUGUCCGGAAGUGCAUAGACGCGACUUCCGGUGUCGACGGCAGCCAUCUUUGGUGCCCAUAGAUGGGCGGAGCGACACUGGAAGUUGCACCGACGCACUUCCUGACAUGCAUACAAGCAACUUUUGAAGCCAGCGGCGGCCAUAUUUGGUGCCCAUAGAAGGGCAAAGCGACACCGGAAGUUACGCCGACGCAACUUCCGGUGUCACACGGCUGCCGCUCCCGGAUUCUGCAGUCCGGGACUUAGAAGGUAAGCUACUAGCCAUGGACUUCAAGUAACCUGUUUUGGGCCUCUCUGGUUGUGAGAUUUGGGAAAUUUGGGGACAUUUUAAUUGCCUUAAUUGCCUGACAUGUAAACUAGAGGCAGCAACGCCAACCUGCCUUGAAAGUGUUCAGAGAGAGACACUGUUGAAUGGCAACACAUUAUUGUCUGAUAACUCAUUCACAAGUCAGUGCUGGUCAUGUUUUGUGUAUUUGCAAGGGGAAAUAAACAAGAGUGCCCUCCCUUUGGGAGGUUAAAAACAGCACAUGACCUUUCUCACAAGAGCAACCUGUCUCUCUCUGUGCUGUUGGCAGUGAAAUUGGAUCUAUUCACCAGCUCCACAGAUGGAAACAGCUAGUUUUGUCCCUUGCUGAGUCACAGAAGCUGCUCAAUACCCUCCCAUACAGAAGUAGACUGGGGGUAUGUCCUCACUAACUCGCUUUCCAUUCUUGACUAUUUGUUUAGUCAUUUAUUUCAGAGAAUCCGGGUGAUAUUCCUCCUAAGUGGUUGUGUUCCCCCUUUUGUUUCUCCCAUUGAGAGAAUAAAUAAAUACCAAAACACAGUAAAUAAAGGAUAGCGCCUAACAUUGUCAUGGAACUUACCAUUCUGAAACCUUAUAAAUAUGGACCUACUUUGCAUAAAAGGGUUCUCACUAAUGCAUCUUUCUUGAGUCUAUAAAGGCAGUUUGAUAAAGGAGGAACAACAGACUUGUUCUUGUAAUAAAAAAUAUUAGCCUUUGCGGCCAUUAAUUAAUGACCAUUUGUAAAUCAUUAGCACCCUCCAGCAGCUGUAAAUAGCUGAAGAGCACUCACAUAUAGAGAAUCUGUAAGAAUUCUCUAUUUAGAGAUUUGCUCCAAAUGUACAAUAGUAUGACCUUUAACAUGUACAAAAAGUCUGUGAAAUUUUCCAUGAUCCCACUGAUAACCAGACAUCAGAUUAUAAAUUGGUUUCAGUUUGUUUGGGGUGUGUGUGUGUGAAGGACCAUUCAUUAUAGACAUUUCAAAGAUCCUCUUUCCAGUUCAUUGAUAUAAAUCUUUUAAGUAUAUUAUACCACAGCCAUUGCCAGACAUUUGUUGUUAUUGCUAUGCCUAAAUCUCCCCACCAUUUUAUUUGACAAGCCAUAGGUCUUAUCAGCUAAGAGAUUUAACACUGAAUAAAUUCUACCAAUUUUACGGUCUUCUACUGUACCAGGUCCACGAAAGAGAAUACUUUCAAACUUGUGUUAGAUCUCUCUGACUGAGGACUGCAUUUGACUGAGGGUCAAAACAAAACGUCUGAGUGGAAGGUAUUGGGGCAACUGUCGAAUUCAUCCUAGCUUUUGAUUGCUCAACAAAGCCACUUUCAAUAAAGUCCUUCAGGAACAUUCAUCCUUUGGUCCUCCUCCAAGCAGACACAAGGCCACUUGUAACAUGAGGAAUGCUGGAAGUGCUCUAUGGGAUUUUUUAGACUUGCCAAACUGAAAAGACUGCUGUUGCACAUUUCCCCAUGUCUUGGUGAAUAUUGUGUCAUAGCAUAUAGUUCGUGAAAGGGGGGGUUGUUAGGGGGCUGUUUUUAUACCAAGGCUUGCUGUUUUGUCUACCAAGCCCAGUAUUGUCUUUAUUGAAUGGCAGGGGCUGCUCAAGGUCCCAGGCAGAGAAAGGUUUUCCCCAUCGCACGCUGCCCAGUCUUUUCAAAUGAGAGUGCCAGAGAUUGAAACGGUGAUCUUCUGCAUGCUCCUCCGGUAGUGAGCAGGUCUAGAAACAAAAAUUAGGUGGGGCAACAGAUCUACCACUGACCUGUGUAUAGCAGGCUACAUACCAUGUAAAAAGUCAGUGGUCCUACGUAUGCACAUGCCCCUCUUCAUCCAGGUAUGCAAGAAGCAUUGUGACAGAUCUAGCAAGGCAAAAACACUUUGUGGAGGGGAUGCCGAGUAAGGUCAGUGAUGGAUAUGCCCCAGGGAGAUUAUGGGUUAGUGCAGGGGUAGGGAACCUAAGGCCCGGGGGCCGGAUGCGGCCCAAUCGCCUUCUCAAUCCGGCCCGUGGACGGUCUGGGAAUCAGCGUGUUUUUACAUGAGUAGAAUGUGUCCUUUUAUUUAAAAUGCAUCUCUAGGUUAUUUCUGGGGCAUGUCUGUUGUUUUUACAUGAGUAGAAUGUGUGCUUUUAUUUAAAAUGCAUCUCUGGCUUAUUUGUGGGGCAUAAGAAUUUGUUCUCCCCCCCCUCUUUUCUCAAAAUAUAGUCUGGCCUACCACAUGGUCUGAGGGACGGUGGACUGGCCCAGGGAUGAAAAAGGUUGCUGACCCCUGGAUUAGAGGACCCCCCCAAAGCAGUCUUUUUUUCCCUUAGGGGGUAGGCAGUACACAGGGGACUACAGAAGAGGAAGAACUGAUGAACAUGCUUUCCCUCCCCAUUAUAGUAAAGAUGCAUUAAUGUCACUGCCCGAUAUAUCCCUCUUAUUUUGUGUGUGUUUCCUUCCCUGGGUUUGAAUGCUUUAUGCCUGAAACUAGCUGUGGGAUGCGUUCUUGGUAAUGAAGAGAAGGCUUUAAAUAUUUUUCAGAAACGAACCCAUUUUUUUCCAUCAAUGCUCACAUACUCCUGCAACCUGGCAUUUCAGCUAGAGCUCUGAGGGCUUCUGAGCCCCCCAAAGUUCCCUUUUUUCUCAUUUACAUGUCAUGUUCUUUCCCAGCAGGAAAAGAGAGAUAAAUGGGAACUUCCAUUCUCUUCUUGUGUUUGAAGGAGGAACAGAGAGGAGGGUGUGUGUGUAAGUCCGAAGCUCAUAAUCACAUUUUAGAUCAGAUUUAGGUGGUCGCCUGAAUUGGGCCUAAGAGCUGGAGCUACAAACCAUGAAAUAUGUCAUUCAUCUCUUGCUUUUGCCAAUAAACUAGGUGGUCUUAAGAAAGCCACAGUCUCUUAGCCUUUGCCCUCCCCCUGAAAUAUUCUCUAUGAAAAUUUUGGCUUAAUCAAACAAGUUGUUAUAAGGAUUGCAACAAUGUAAGAGCAAUGCUUUGAACAUUCAAAAGCACAGAAUAGAUUAUUAUGGUUAGUCAUUCAACCCACAUUUCACGCAUGCCAAUUUGGUUGUGUGAACUGGCCCACACUGUAAUCCUAACAGAUUUCUGUUUAAAAGUCAUACAUUUCUUUUCUGCAAAUCCAGAUUCCUGCCUUGUUACAGUAGUGUGUCAGAACUUGAACUGCUUAAGGAUCUCACUAACUAAGCUGGUUUCCUUUUGUGGUAAUAGCAGAAAUGCAAAAAAGGACUUAACCUUUUGUGCUAUCAGAUGGCAGCUUUCAAGGUUUGAAUAAUAAAGGGUCUCCCUAAUUCAUUUUGUCUCCACUUUGGAUUCUGCAACUGGCUAUUCAAGAUCAACUCUUCCGUGUUCCAUAUUUUUGGAAUAAGCUUUUACUGCUCGCUGAGAGCAUCUUUCUAGAUGCCUGCUGAAAUAUACUCGGAGUCAAGAGUGAAUUUCAUGCUCUUUAUUCAGCUCAUAGUCAUCAAGGAGGAGAAGAGAAGACGAAUCACUCUUUUCCCAAAACCAUCUGCUUAUAUACAUUAUUUACACAAUGGGCCUUGCGUGAUUGGCUACUUCAGGGCUACACCUGUGGGCCAAUUAUAUUGUGGAUUGACUUUUGCCUGCAGCCUGAUUGGCUGCUCCUACAGGCCAAUCAGGUAGCAGAUUCACUUAUGCCAGCCGCCUGAUUGGCUGCUCCAGCAGGCCAAUCAGGUUGCGGAUUCACUUCCACCUGGAGUUGGAUUGGGUAGCUCCCGCUGAUUCUGAAUCCUAUUGUUCUAGGAUUCAGCUCAGUACAUAACACCCCUCCCCUCUAAGUUCCAGUCCUGCCCGGGAAGUUGCAUUCGUAGUCCCCAAGGUCUGCUGGCCGCCUCCGUGUGCGUUGUGGCCUGGGGUGUUCCUUGGUCAGGGGUUCUGGUUCUGGCUCGUGUUCCGAGGCUGCUGGCUGUGCCGGGGCUGUCUGGUCUGGCGCCACUGAACCA